AUGUCAUCGCGUGCGGUUCUCACAUCCAAGGCACCGCAGCUCCGACGAUGCUUCUCUAGCACGCGUGGCGCCAAUGCAGAUUUCACACAUGCAGUAAGUGCGCGCCGUCUGCCAUGCCCGCGCUGUGUUGCGCGGGCCGUGGUGCAAAGUCCUCGAAUCAAGACCGGCUCAAUUGACUCAACGCAGGUUAUCGGCGCAGGCGUCGUUGGACUGGCAGUCGCCCGGCAACUAGCAGUCCAUGAAGGUACAUCGACGAUUCUCCUGGAACGGCACGAUGCACCGGGGACCGAGACAAGCAGUCGCAACUCCGAGGUGAUCCAUGCCGGACUCUACUAUCCCGCGACUUCCCUGAAAACGAGCCUCUGCAUCCGCGGGCGCAACAUGCUCUACGAAACCUGCGCCAAAUACGGGAUCCCACACCGGAACACGAAGAAAUGGAUAGUCGCACAGACGGCAGCGCAGUGGGAGGCGUGUCUGCGAGUACACAAGCACGCACAGGCCCUCGGCGACGCACCAACACGGCUGGUCGGGCAGGACGAAGCGCGGCGGCGCGAGCCAGACGUAAAAGCCGACGCGGGGAUCGUCGAGAGCGAGACAACAGGCAUUGUCGACAGCCACUCGCUGAUGACAUACUUGCAAGGCGAAUUUGAGGACCGGGACGGAGAUUGCGCGUUCAAGACGCGGGUAACAGACAUCCAGCGCGUGCCGGACGGGUACCAGAUCACGGCGGUCUCCGACGAGGACGGGUCCGAGACCUCCAUUACCGCCGAAACCCUGAUCAACAGCGCCGGCCACGGCGCCUGCGCCAUCAACAACCUCCUUCUUCCGCCCGACCGCCACCGCGUCCCGCACUAUGCCAAGGGCACCUACUUCUCCUACGCCGCUGCGGCCCUCCACCUCCGUCCUGACAUGGGCGGCCGCAUCCGCUUCGGCCCUGACAUCGAGUGGGUCGACGAUCCAUCGGAUCUUCAGCCGAGUCCGGCCCGUUUGGAAAAGGCAUUGCCGGAAAUCAAGGCGUACCUGCCUGGCGUGGAUUUGUCUGCCAUUGCGCUGGACUAUUGUGGUAUUCGUCCGAAGCUGGGCCGCGGCGGUGCAGUCAAUCAGGGUACGGGCUUCCAGGAUUUCGUUAUCCAGGAAGAAGAGGGGUUCCCCGGGUUUGUGAAUCUGUUGGGUAUCGAAAGCCCUGGACUGACGAGCUCUUUGGCGAUUGGUGAGAUGGUUGACGGCAUUCUUUAUCGCUGA